UUAGCAAAAUAUGGUCUCAAAAUACAAUAAUUAUGACCUUGGUAUACUAUACAUGUUUGUGCAAUAAACCAUGCAGUCUUGUUGUCUUCGGUUUCAAAAACGAAAUUAUAUGUCGUCCGACCACCAGCAAUCUAAAAUGGAACCCAUAGAAUCAAAAUGCAUAACGAAGAAUUUAUUAUUUAUCAAAGACAAUAUCACACAAUUAGAGAAAAUCAUGGAUAAACUUAUAGAGGAUGAUUGUCUUGGAAUGGACGAAAGAGCUGAUAUUUUGUCUGCCAAGAGGACAGAUAAGCAAUGUCAUAAGCUUCUUGAUAUUUUACUAAAGCGAGGCGGUAAUUCUUACACAUCAUUCAUAGAGGCUUUAGAAGUAUCGGGGAAUCAUCACGUGGCUACGCGAAUACAACAUAAAGACUUACAGAAAGCAGAUGCAUAUCAACUUGCAGACGACACAAGCUUUUUGCACGUGAAAGAAGAUACAUUUACAGUUAAUGGAAAGGUUGAGUUUGAAGAAGCUGAGGUGAUCCAGCUCUAUGAGGAAAAAGAAAUGUAUUUAGAAAGAGUCAAAGAACUGGAAGUCAGCUGUACGCUUUUACAGAAUGAAAAUUAUCUGAAAGAACACAAAAUUGACAAGCUGAAUCAGGACGUACGACUUUUAAAGCAAAAUGUCCAACAGAAGUAUGAUGAGAUAGACAAUGUCGACGAGACAUGCGUAGAACAUCUCCGGAAGUUGGAUCAAGUUGAGGCUCAGUGUAAAACGCUAGAGGAGGAAAACGCUCAUUUAAAAAUAGUUCAAAGAAAUCUACAGGAAACUAUCAGCGAUAAAGAAGUUACAAUGAAGAAUUUGAAUCAAGAGAGAGAGUUUUAUAAAAAGCAGAUGAACAUUCUUCAAACUGAUCUGAGACAGUUACAGAAUGAAAGUGCAGAAAAAGACGCAAGGAUUCAAACACUGAAUGAGCAGAUACGAGAACUUAAAAUUGAUCUUCAGAAUACCCGCCAAGCCAUGGACAAAGCGGCGACUGAAUCACGCGUUGCUAUGGAACAAUUGAAAACCGAUCAUAGCAAUCGAUUUAAUCAGCUAGACAAUAAGCUCGAUUGCGUCUUAAAAAUGUUGAAAACAACAAAGAUGGGUGAUGGAAACGUUUUAAAAUCAGCAGAUGUAAAUAAGAAUACAAGGAAACAAAGCAUAGGGUCACACAAAUCUGAGAAUCGUCCGGGUACUAAUGCUUCCAAAAAUAAACCGGGUACCAAUCGUAAUCAAAAGAUUUAAGCAUUCUCCUGUACAAUGUCAUGACGAGUGAGCGUGUUAUAUAUCUGUUUUAUUUAUUAUACUUGUCUGAGAAAAAAAUCCUUGUUAUAUCAAGGUAUAAACACAUAGGUCUUUUUUCUGAGACAAGUGCCUGUGUUAUAUUAAGGUAUAUAGGAAUGUUUGGUUUUUUUCUGAGACAAGUGCCUGUGGACUGAUUUUAAUAAAUUAAUUUCUUUAAAAAAUUCCUUCAUGAGAUUAAUUGUAUCGUUAACAUAUAUUUUAUAUUUGUCAUCAAGUCGAAAACAGUGGUUAAAAAUUAUUUGGAGGGAUACUGCUGCUUGUGCGAAAUCAUUGUA